GUUAUGAGCCCAGCCCACUAUAUCCAGGCCCACUUCGGAGAAACGGUGAUGAGUAUUCAAGUUUUUCAACGGAAGGUGAAGAAAAAGAGUCCAUCGUUCCGUCUUUGCUCCAAUCACAAUCAAUGGGAGAAGUGGCUUCGCAGAUUCCGGCGAGUUUCGGCCACGAGCUCAGGGCUCGUCUUCGAUGCCGCCUCGUCAAAACCUACGAUCAGAUUAUGGAUUCUGGGUGCGAGAAUCGUCAUUUCUUCAAGGGAGAAGAGGUUCCUGAGCUUAUCGUCGAUGUUACCACCCUUAACUUCAACGGAUCGUCACCCACAACAGCAACCGAAGAGGAAACUAAAACGAACUCUCUCUACUACUCGCUCUUGCUCUUGCUCGCGUUCCCAGAUUCUUCGAUCGGCGAAACCUUUAGUCAUCUAAAUCUCCGCAGAGCUGCUCUGCAGCAAUGGCUACUCUCGAGAAGGAUCUUAUGUUCUUGAUUCUUCAAUUUCUCGAUGAAAAGAAACACAAGGAACUUGUUCACAGAUUGGAAUCGGAGUCAGGUUGUUACUUCAACAUGCGUUACUUUGAAGAACUUGUGGCUCAAGGCAAGUGGGACGAAAUGGAGAAGUAUCUCUUUGGGUUCACCAAGAUUGGGGAUAACCAACAGUCCAUGAUGAUCUUCUUUGAAAUCCGAAAGCAUAAGUAUCUCGAAGCAUUAGAUAAGCGUGAUCAUGCUAAAGCCUUGGACAUAUUACGAAAGGAUUUGAAGGUGUUUGAAUUAGAAACUUAUAAUAAAGAUCUCUUCAAGGAAAUGUCCCUGCUUUUGACAAUGGAUGACUUUAGAGCCAAUCCGAAAAUCUCCACGUACGGGGAUACAACGUCGGAAAGGGGUAAUUUGUUCCGUGGAAUAGAAAAACUGAUAGUGGCUAAUCCACUUCUCCGCGACAAACUUCAGUUUCCUGUUUUGGGGACUUCAAGGCUGCGUACUCUAAUCGGGCAAAGUUUAAAGUGGCAGCAUCAUCUAUGUAAGAAUCCUAUGCCAAAUCCUGACAUCGACACUCUGUUUGUGGACCACACUUGCGACCAACCGAUUGCUGUAAGUGCCGAGUGAUUAUGUUCUCUUUACUACUCUAUGGAAAUACGUUUGUUUUAUGCUCAAGUUUGUUUUCUGGACAGAUAUUUAAAGCCUGUUCCAAGUUCAAGAAUCUCACCUGCUCUUUCAGAAUGGACAGAUACUUAUGCAUCUUCAGGUCCUAUAGGCUGGGGUUCCCCAAACAACCCAGCUGCUAUUUUAAUGGGCCCUCAGACUCCUUUUGGUCAUAUGGGAUAUCAAACUGCUGAUUCUAACAAUCCUUUGAAGAGGUCAAGGCCGUCUGGAACGUCACAGGAGGUGGGUAAUAUUUCGCCAGUUCCAUAUUCUGGCCAGCCCCAUGGACGUAAUACAAUAUCACUUGAUGAGUUUCCCAAGGUAGUUGUUACAACUCUUGCUCAGGGUUCACCUGUCACGAGCAUGGACUUCCAUCCAUUUCAGCAAAUUUUACUACUGGUUGGUACAAUUGGUGGUGAUGUUUUCCUGUGGGACGUGGUUGCUCGUCAAAUGAUUUCGGAGAAGGGAUUUGAAGUCUGGAAGCUUUAUGCUUGUUCAGACGAAUUGCAGGCAUCUUUUAACGAUGAUGAGAGGGCGUCGGUAAAUCAUGUGGCAUGGAGUCCUGACGGAUCUCUAAUUGGCGUGGCAUACUCAAAAAACAUCGUGCAUAUAUAUUCCUUUGAUGGGGGCAAUGACAUACGCAAUCAUCUGGAGAUUGAAGCUCAUACAGGAAGUGUUAACCAUCUUGCCUUUUCAUAUCCUAACGAACAACUAUCUGUUGUUACUUGUGGCGAUGACAGACUCAUUAAGGUUUGGGAUGCUUUUACUGGGGCUAGACGGUUUACUUUUGAGGGCCAUGAAGCUCCUGUGCUCUCUGUUUGUCCCGACCAGAAGAAAAUUAUUCAGGUUAUCUUGUCAACAGCAACUGAUGGAAAAAUAAAAGGUUGGUCUUAUGAUGAUGUGGGUGCGAGUGUUACCUAUGACGCACCUGGCCAUUCUUCGACCAGAAUGGCAUUCAGCAGUGAUAGAGCAAGGUUGUUUUCCUGUGGUACAAACAAAGAAGGAGAGUCAUUCUUAGUCGAGUGGAAGGACGGUAAAGGCUCCAUAAAAAGAACAUAUCAAGGCCUUGGACAACGUGCUGUAGGGAUUGUACAAUUUGACACAACCAAGAAUAGAUUCUUAGCUGCUGGCGAUGAGUCGACUAUCAAAAUUUGGGACAUGAACAACACAAAUCUUUUGAAAACUAUUCAUGCAGAUGGUGGAUUACCGGCUUCUCCUUGUGUUAGAUUUAAUAAGGAAGGAACACUUUUAGCUGUCUCAACCAGUAACCAUGGUGUUAGAAUUCUCGCUACUGAUGAUGGAUUAAAGUUUCUGAAAACAGCAGAAAAUCGCACGCUUGUCACUAAGGUUCCUGGAGGUGGAGGUGGUGGUUUUGGUUCUUCAAGUGCAAAUGCAGGAAUAACUAUGGCAGAUCAAUCUACCUCUUGUGCAGCUAUGAAGAAAAAUGAAGUGCGAACUCUGCCUCUUGGGAAGCCCAGAACCUCUAAUGUUUCAAAUGAAGGAUCUACAACCUGGAAAGUUACAGAGAUUACAGAGCCAUCUCAGUGCUAUUCCUUGAUCCUCCCCGACAAAGUGACAGACACGAAGGUUUCCAGAUUAAUAUACACAAAUUCUGGCUCUGGAGUAUUAGCCUUGGCAUCUAAUGCAGAGCACAAGUUGUGGAAAUGGCAGAAGAGCGAUCCUAAUUUGGAUGGAAAGGCAACGACUAAUGCACAUCCAGUAUUAUGGAGACCUAACAGUGGGAUUAUUAUGAUCAAUAAGACAAGUGAUACAAACCCGGAAGAGGCUAUUCCUUGUCUUGCCCUCUCAAAGAAUGACUCCUACCUUGUGUCAGCUUCAGGGAGGGAAAUCUCUUUGUUCAAGAUGGCGACCUUCGAGACUGCAGCGACGUACAUGUCUCCACCGCCUGCAGCAACAUUCCUUGCGUUUCUUCCUUCAGACUAUAAUAUCAUUGGCAUUGGCUUCAAGGAUUCAUCUAUCCGAAUCUACAAUCUUCAAACUGACGAGGGGAAAGCCAUAUUAUUGAAUGGUCAUACGAAAAGAAUAACAGGGCUUGCUUUCUCACUGGCUCUGAACAUUCUAGUUUCUUCGGGUGCUGAUUCACAGGUGUGCGUUUGGAGCAUGGCUGGAUGGGAGAAGCGAAGUAGUAUGUAUUUGAAUGCUCCAAAAGGAAGAUCAAUGCCGGCUGUCUCAGAUACUCGCGUGCAGUUCCAUCAAAAUGAGAUUCAUCUGUUGGUUGUCAAUGAAACGCAAAUAGCCAUUUACGAUGCUCAAAAACUUGAUUGCUUGAACACGUGGUUUCUACGCGAAGCGACUGGUCGAAGAAUCACAUCAGGUACAUAUUCAGGUGAUAGCAAGUCAAUCUUCGUGAGCUUUGAAGACGGUACUGUCAAUGUCCUCACUGCGUCAAAUCUCAGACUGAGAUGUCGGAUUAAUCCAACAGCUUACUUGCCUUCGAACCCAAGCUUAAGAGUACUAGUGAUCGCAGCUCAUCCAUCGGAGAGUGACCAGUUUGCAGUAGGGCUCAGUAAUGGGCAUGUCUGUGUGGUUGAACCAUCGGAAUCAGAAGGAAGAUGGGGAACCUCGCCUCCAGGCUCCACCUGACAACUUUUAAAGUUUUUGUAUAGUCUUUUUGCUUUGUACAGAUGCGUUGUCUUUUUGAUUUUAACUCAAAAGAUCGCAAACCUUAGUUUUUUUUUUUGUUUGGGUAUAUAAUUGAAUAUAAUACAAAACCCCAAGUAAAUACCUAAAAGCAUCACAAACCUGACUUGUUCUGCCUUCUCAGCAUAUGACACGAUGGUUCCUUCCUGGUAUACCAUAUGAAUCUGAAGGCAUCUUAACAACAACCACAAUGCUCAACCAGUUUCUUGCUUCCUCCCAAGUCCUCCUAACUAGGGACUCAAUAAAGCCCAAUAUUAGAGACCAUGUUAUGGGCCUGGAUCACUAUGUUCAGGCCCACUUCGGAGAAACGGGUGAUGAGUAUUUAAGUUUUUAAACGGAAGUGUAAAAAACAUCGUUCCGUCGUGUGCUCGAAUGAGAAUGGGAGAGGUGGCUGCGCAGAUUCCGACGAGUUUCGGCCACGAGCUCAGGGCUUGUCUUCGUUGCCGUCUCGUCAAGACCUACGAUCAGUUUAGGGAUUCGGGGUGCGAGAAUUGCCCAUUCUUCAAGAUAGAGGAGGAUCCUGAGCGUAUCGUCGAUGUUACCACCCCUAAUUUCAACGGUACAAUCUCUAUGAUGGAUCCACGCAGAAGUUGGGCGGCGAGAUGGUUAAGAAUUGGUAAAUUUGCUCCUGGUUGCUACGCUCUUGCUGUCUCAGAGACACUCUCAGAGGACAUGCAGUCACUAUGCCAAGAAGAGCGAGUUCAGUACAUUCCGCCAAAACGCAUUUGAAGCCCUUUUCAUCAACUGUCUUCAUGUGGACAUCAGCUUCAAGAAGCCUGUGUGUGUGAAUCCAUGGAGGCUAUCAACGGAAGUAGUUUAGUUUAACUAUGUUUCAUGAUUUCAUAUCUUUGUUUUGCCAACAAAAGAACAUCUUUUGUUACUGUUACUCAUUUGACAACCUCCGGAAAACAAUAUCACUAAAAAACAAAUUGGAUAUAAAAAGAAUAUUCUUUUUAUAUAAA